CUUUGGUUUGUCUAAUAGUCCAAGAUGGCGGCGCUUUUGGGACUGCGUGCUUGUGUCUCCGCCCUUCAGCUGUCCUCGCCAUCCCUUCUGCAUUCCUCAUUUAAACUGUGUGCUGUGCCUCUGCAUCGGCGGACCUUUGCUGCAGAGGCUAAGAAGACAUACACUAGAGACAAGCCGCAUGUAAACAUUGGAACCAUUGGCCACGUUGAUCAUGGGAAGACGACCCUGACUGCUGCCAUCACAAAGGUGCUUGCUGAUGCUGGUGGUGCAAACUUUAAAAAAUAUGAGGACAUUGACAAUGCACCAGAAGAAAAAGCCAGAGGAAUUACCAUCAACGCAUCUCAUGUGGAGUACGCCACCGCAAACAGGCAUUACGCUCACACCGACUGCCCGGGUCACGCCGACUACGUCAAGAACAUGAUUACCGGAACGGCCCAGAUGGAUGGUUGCAUUCUUGUGGUGGCGGCCACAGACGGCCAGAUGCCUCAGACUCGGGAGCACCUUCUGCUGGCCAAGCAGAUCGGUGUAGAGCACGUGGUGGUUUUCAUCAACAAGGCUGACGCUGUGGAAGACAAGGAGAUGGUGGAGCUGGUGGAGAUCGAGAUUCGUGAGCUGCUCACGGAGUACGGCUAUGACGGAGACAACACACCCGUGGUUAUCGGCUCUGCUCUCUGCGCCUUGGAGGGACGAAAUCCUGAACUUGGUAUGAAUGCAGUUUUGAAGCUUUUGGAGAUCGUGGAUGAUUAUGUCCCUCUGCCGAAAAGAGAAUUGGAGAAGCCUUUCCUUCUCCCUCUUGAGGGCGUGUACUCCAUCCCAGGUAGGGGAACGGUGGUGUCUGGCACCCUGGAGAGGGGAAUGGUCAAGAAGGGCGACGACUGUGAGUUUGUUGGACACAAUCGCAGCUUUAAGUCUGUUGUGACGGGUAUUGAGAUGUUCCACAAGUCCCUGGACCGGGCGGAGGCAGGAGAUAACCUCGGGGCUCUGGUCCGAGGCUUGAAGAGGGAAGAUGUCAGGAGAGGGAUGGUGAUGUGCAAACCUGGCUCCAUCAUGCCUCACCAGAAAGUCAGGGCACAGGUUUACGUUCUGAGCAAGGAAGAAGGUGGAAGACACAAACCUUUUAUGACCAACUUCAUGCCAGUCAUGUUCUCCCUGACAUGGGACAUGGCCUGCAGAAUCUCCCUGCCUGCUGAGAAGGAAAUGGUGAUGCCAGGAGAGGACACGUCCCUGAUGCUCACGCUGCGCCAGCCAAUGGUGUUAGAAAAAGGCCAGAGGUUUACGCUGAGAGAUGGAAACCGAACAAUCGGCACCGGCCUGGUCACUGAAAUCCUGACCAUGACAGAUGAAGAUCAGUGCAACUGGGGCUGAUGGGUACCAGCAUGGUCGUGGGUUAAAGCAGGUUUAGGGGUGGGAGGGUCAUGGAGGAUCGGGUCGAUGUGUCUGCUCAAGUCCCACAAUAUUACAAACACAUUGCAAAUGAACUGAACAUGGCAGGAAACAUCUGUUGUAAGAUUCCAUCAAACAAAAGAAAAGUCUAAUGAAAUGUGUUCAAGGACAUGAGCUGUUCGUCAUUUAUGUAAUAAAA